UUGUGUUGCUAAGAGCCUCAAAGACAAAGAAGUCACAGCGGGAGCCCUAGGGCAGCCUCCUUCAGGCAGUCAGGCACUAGCCCCCAACUCGGGAAGUCCCCUACAGGCAGAGAAGGUGUGGACAUCUCACACCCCAGCAGGAGAGCACAGAACCAUGAGCCAGGACACCAAAGUAAAAACAACAGAGUCCAAUCCACCAGCCCCAUCCAAAGCCAGGAAGUCACUGCCUGUCCUGGACCCAUCUGGGGAUUACUACUACUGGUGGCUGAACACAAUGGUCUUCCCAGUCAUGUAUAACCUCAUCAUCCUCGUGUGCAGAGCUUGCUUCCCCGACUUGCAGCACGGUUAUCUGGUGGCCUGGUUGGUGCUGGACUACACAAGUGACCUGCUGUACCUGCUGGACAUUGUGGUGCGCUUCCACACAGGAUUCUUAGAACAGGGCAUCCUGGUGGUGGACAAGGGUAGGAUCUCAAGUCGCUACAUUCGCACCUGGAGUUUCGUGUUGGACCUGGCUUCCCUGAUGCCCACAGACGUCGUCUACCUGCGGCUGGGCCCACACACACCCACCCUGAGGCUGAACCGCUUUCUCCGCAUGCCCCGCCUCUUCGAGGCCUUCGACCGCACAGAGACCCGCACAGCUUACCCUAACGCCUUUCGAAUUGCCAAGCUGAUGCUUUACAUUUUUGUCGUCAUCCAUUGGAACAGCUGCCUAUACUUUGCCCUAUCCCGGUACCUGGGCUUCGGGCGCGACGUAUGGGUGUACCCGGACCCCGCACAGCCUGGCUUUGAGCGCCUGCGGCGCCAGUACCUCUACAGCUUUUACUUCUCCACGCUGAUCCUGACUACCGUAGGCGAUACGCCGCCGCCAGCCCGGGAGGAGGAGUACCUCUUCAUGGUGGGUGACUUCCUGCUGGCUGUCAUGGGUUUCGCUACCAUUAUGGGUAGCAUGAGCUCUGUCAUCUACAACAUGAACACUGCAGGGGCGGCUUUCUACCCAGAUCACGCGCUGGUGAAGAAGUAUAUGAAGCUGCAGCACGUCAACCGCAAGCUGGAGCGGAGAGUUAUUGACUGGUAUCAGCACUUGCAGAUCAACAAGAAGAUGACCAAUGAGAUAGCCAUCUUACAGCACUUGCCUGAGCGGCUGCGGGCAGAAGUGGCUGUGUCCGUGCACCUGUCUACUCUGAGCCGGGUGCAAAUCUUUCAGAACUGUGAGGCCAGCCUGCUGGAGGAGCUGGUGCUGAAGCUGCAGCCCCAGACCUACUCACCAGGCGAAUAUGUAUGCCGCAAAGGGGACAUUGGCCGAGAGAUGUACAUCAUCCGAGAGGGUCAACUGGCCGUGGUGGCAGAUGAUGGUAUCACACAGUAUGCUGUGCUCGGUGCAGGGCUCUACUUUGGGGAGAUCAGCAUCAUCAACAUCAAAGGGAACAUGUCUGGGAACCGCCGCACAGCCAACAUCAAGAGCCUAGGUUACUCAGACCUAUUCUGCCUGAGCAAGGAGGAUCUGAAGGAGGUGCUGAGUGAGUAUCCACAAGCACAGACCAUCAUGGAGAAGAAGGGACGUGAGAUCCUGCUGAAAAUGAACAAGUUGGAUGUGAAUGCUGAGGCAGCUGAGAUCGCCCUACAGGAGGCCACAGAGUCCCGGCUACGAGGCCUAGAUCAGCAGCUGGAUGAUCUACAGACUAAGUUUGCUCGCCUCCUGGCUGAGCUGGAGUCCAGCGCAUUUAAGAUUGCUUACCGCGUUGAACGGCUAGAGUGGCAGACUCGAGAGUGGCCAAUAACCGAGGACGUGGCUGAGGCUGAUGAUGAGGGAGAGACUGGGGAGGGAACUUCCAAGGAUGAAGAGGGCAGAGCAAGCCAGAAGGGACCCCCUGAUCUACAGUGACCCCAUCCACAUCCCCAGGAUCCCCGCCUCCUAGUGAACCCGGAGAUGUAGUAAAGCCUAACUGCUGCAACUCUGUCAUCCUGUCUGCGGGUCACAGACACAGGAGCAAAGUGGUCUAUAGACACCCAGCUAGAGAUGUAGGAGUAUAGCGCACAUUCAUCCCCUGCUCACCAAUACACACACAAACACACACAGUUACUCAUAGACCUGUUGGCCCCAAGACUGUGCAUUCCACCUAAAAUGCUCUGGAAUUUCCAUUCUCAGAGCACACAGCACACUUGCUUUCCCACAAGCACCAAUAUGUCUUAUACCCACACAAUAUAUACGCAUUCAGUCAUAGACCUCCUAAACACACAAAUGCUUACAGUCAUGCACCAGUAGACACAGAUGCACUUCACAGGUGUGUACACACUUGUGAAAACACAAAAGCACACCCUGAUCCUUCUAGGUCUAAGAUGUCUUUUGAAUGUUUCCCAUAUGGGCUAUUCACAAGUAUACCCUAAAAGUUGCACUUCAGUAAAGUAUUUGCCUCCUCCCUAA